ACAUAUUACGUCAUAGUAUGAACUUAAUUUAUGUAAUAUUGAAACUUAUCUUUUGUUAUAAAAAUCACGCUAGAUAGUUGGAAACGUUCGUCGACGGGCGAGGCGACCGGUGACCCUCCCGAGAGGUCAAAGGGUUAGAAUUGGAAUGGAUGCGUCGCGUAUGCAUUCGACGUUAAGGGGCUGUCAUCGGGCCCGCGGGCGCAGGCGCGAGCUCGGGAGGGGCGGGCGGCGGCGGCGGCGGCAGUGCGCCCGCCCGCGCGGAGUCUCGCGCCGUCUCAGCGCCGUCUACUGUGCCUGCUCGCGCUGCUCGCUGCGACUCAUCCGCGAUCGCUCCGCGAAACAUGAGAAUCGACACCGCGGAAUCGCUUGGAGUCUUCGUCGAGCGACACGCCAGCACAAAAUCGGAUUAGAGGACGAACGAAGUCUCCUUUCGUAGUUGCCGGUCCGGUCGGCCCGUUAAUCGGCGAUUUCCGAUGCACGGAAGGGUGAUUAGCCGCCGGCGACGGGCGGCGCGGGCUGCGCCGAGGUGCCGGUGAUGUGAGCGCGCGCAGGCGGCAUGCCGGGCGGCCGCCGGGGGCUCGUCGCCCCGCAGAACACCUUCCUCGAGAACAUCAUCCGCCGCUCCUCGUCGCAGCCAGACAGCAGCUUCCUGCUGGCCAACGCGCAGAUCGUGGACUACCCCAUCGUGUACUGCAACGAGACCUUCUGCAAGAUGAGCGGCUACAACCGCGCGGAGGUCAUGCAGAAGUCUUGCAGGUGCACGUGGAUGUACGGCGAGCUGACGGAGAAAGAGGCGGUGGAGCGCGUGGACCGCGCGCUCGACCACCACCUGGCCGACCAGUUCGAGAUACUGCUCUACAAGAAGAACCGUAUAGAAGGUAUUGGCUGUUGCACGCCGCUGUGGCUGCUGGUGCAGGUGGCGCCCAUCCGCAACGAGCGCGAGCUGGUGGUGCUGUUCCUGCUCACCUUCCGCGACAUCACGGCGCUCAAGCAGCCCAUCGACGCCGACGACCCCAAGGGAGGGCUGUCGAAGUUCGCGAAGCUGGCGCGCAGCGUGACGCGCUCGCGCUCCGUGCUGGUGUCGGCGCUGCCGGCGCUCAAGGAGCCGCAGCGCCAGAGCCACCUCGCGCAUGUGAUGUCGCUGUCGGGCGACGUGCUGCCGCAGUACCGCCAGGAGGCGCCCAAGACGCCGCCGCACAUCCUGCUGCACUACUGCGCCUUCAAGGCCAUCUGGGACUGGAUCAUCCUGUGCCUGACCUUCUACACGGCCAUCAUGGUGCCCUACAACGUGGCCUUCAAGAACAAGACGAGCGAGGACGUGUCGCUGCUCGUCAUCGACUCCAUCGUGGACGUGGUGUUCUUCAUCGACAUCGUGCUGAACUUCCACACGACGUUCGUGGGCCCGGGCGGCGAGGUGGUGAGCGACCCCAAGGUCAUCCGCAAGAACUACUUCAAGUCGUGGUUCCUCAUCGACCUGCUCUCGUGCCUGCCCUACGACGUCUUCAACGCCUUCGACCACGACGAGGACGGCAUCGGCAGCCUGUUCAGCGCGCUGAAGGUGGUGCGGCUGCUGCGCCUGGGCCGCGUGGUGCGCAAGCUGGACCGCUACCUGGAGUACGGCGCCGCCAUGCUCAUCCUGCUGCUGUGCUUCUACAUGCUGGUGGCGCACUGGCUGGCCUGCGUGUGGUACUCCAUCGGCCGCUCCGACGCCGACUCGGGCCUGCAGUACUCGUGGCUGUGGAAGCUGGCCAACGUCACGCAGACCCCGUACUCGUACGUGUGGUCCAACGAGUCCGACGGGCCCGAGCUCGUCAACGGGCCCUCGCGCAAGACCAUGUACGUGACCGCGCUCUACUUCACCAUGACCUGCAUGACCUCCGUGGGCUUCGGCAACGUCGCCGCCGAGACCGAUAACGAGAAGAUCUUCACCAUCUGCAUGAUGAUCGUAGCAGCGCUUCUGUACGCGACAAUAUUCGGGCACGUGACCACGAUCAUCCAGCAGAUGACGUCGGCCACGGCCAAGUACCACGACAUGCUCAACAACGUGCGCGAGUUCAUGAAGCUGCACGAGGUGCCCAAGGCGCUGAGCGAGCGCGUCAUGGACUACGUCGUCUCCACCUGGGCCAUGACCAAGGGGCUCGACACCGACAAGGUGCUGAACUACUGCCCCAAGGACAUGAAGGCGGACAUCUGCGUGCACCUGAACCGCAAGGUGUUCAACGAGCACCCGGCCUUCCGCCUGGCGUCCGACGGCUGCCUGCGCGCGCUGGCCAUGCACUUCCACAUGUCGCACUCGGCGCCCGGCGACCUGCUGUACCACACGGGCGAGUCCAUCGACUCGCUGUGCUUCAUCGUCACCGGCAGCCUCGAGGUCAUCCAGGACGACGAGGUCGUGGCCAUCCUGGGCAAGGGCGACGUGUUCGGCGACUCGUUCUGGAAGGACAGCGCCGUGGGGCAGUCGGCGGCCAACGUGCGCGCGCUGACGUACUGCGACCUGCACACCAUCAAGCGCGACCGCCUGCUGGAGGUGCUGGACUUCUACCAGGCCUUCGCCAACUCCUUCGCGCGCAACCUCACGCUCACCUACAACCUGCGCCACCGGCUCAUCUUCCGCAAGGUACGCCACCCGAGAUCCUUUUGUGCGUCAUCAUCUAUUUUUUAUCAAGUCAUCUACUCUAGGCGCGCUCUAUUUUAAAAAAUUUUUCACCAAAACGUGGUCAGUGUCAUUCAUUCAAAAAGUUUUAAGCAUUUUUUGUAUUUCGGGGGCACAUAAUCGGAAUAAAGCCGUUCGCGCGUCGCAGGUGGCGGACGUGCGGCGCGAGCGCGAGCUCAUGGAGCGCCGCAAGCGCGAGCCGCAGCUGGAGCAGGCGCAGGACCACCUCGUGCGCAAGAUC